GAUAAUUCCUCUAGUGAAACAAGUCAACUCAAUAUAGAAAUUAAAACAUUUAUGGAAGAUACUAAUAAUGAACUUAAUUUUUAUCUGAAUGACAACAAAAUUAAGGAUACUACAGAAAAAUGUCAAAAGUCAUCCUCAUAUGUAAAUUGGAGAGGAAUGGACUUUGUUAAUUUAGUAUUAAAUGAAGAUAAAAAUUAUACUAUCUCAAGUCUUGUUGAUUGCUGGAACGAAAAACAAAGUUUUUUAGAGACACAUAUUAAUGAUAAAACAAAUUCAACAUGUCCUUUGAAAUAUUUUGAUUAUUGUGCUGUUUUGAAUAAAAAUGAUAAAUGCACGAGUCCUUAUAAAGAUAGUGAUAUACCAGGGUUAAUAUUAUUAGAAUAUAAUCAACUCAAUGAUAGUAAUCAAGAACAAAAUAAAAGAAAAAUUAUUUAUGAUAGACUUACUAAGUUUACUAAUAUUACGAGUGAUAUAUCUAAUUACUAUUAUAAAGUAUAUGAAGCUAAUAAAAGUCAACUUAAUUGUGGAAAGUGGAGUAUGUAUAUACAUAAGAGAGGAAAACAAUUUGUAAAUAUGGUGUACUAUGAGUCUUAUUCCGAAGAAUCUUUUAGAAAUGAUUCUACUAAAAAUUGGAAUACUUAUAGUACUAGAUUGCAAAAUAGUAUAUUAAGUGAUACAGGAAAUCAUUGUAAUAUGACAUCACUAAUUUAUCAAAUUAAAGAGCGACAAAAUUCAACUGAUCCAUAUGGUUUAUCUUGGAUUCCUUCAGAUGACCAUAAUGAAUCUGGUGAAACUUUAGAUCCUACAACUUCACUACAAAAUACUGCACAACCUACAGUGGAAACUUCAGAUGCACCACAUGAUAGUUCUAUUGUAAAUUCAUUAGAUGAUGAUGCAAAAUCUAUUAUUGGCGGUUAUAAUGAUUCUAUAAAUGAUCCCAUAAAUGCUAUAGCAUCACCGGGUGAUAUAGAUAAAUUUGAAAUAGCUGCAAAAACUGCAAAAGCUGCAACUACUGUUUCUCUAGGAGAUCCACCACAACCCAAUUCUUCAACUUCAAAUAGCACUAAUGGACAUAACUCGUCUAUAACUGAAACUACAAUUUCACCUUCUUCUAAGGAUGAUAAAUCUAUACUUCCUACUACUAUCAUUAAAUCUUUUGAAAAUAAUACUACACCUUCUCCUGAAACUCUACCUUCUCAUGAGACUGUACCGUCUGCUGCACCCAUGUUUUCUGCGAAUACCAAAUCAUCUUCCUCAGAAAUUUCUGCAUCCCCUAUUGCUGGGUCUACUAAUUCUACAACUAACGAUAAUACUUCUUUACGUAAUGGUACACAUUCUACAAAUAACCAUGCAUCUCCUUCUGUAGAUAUGCCCAAAUCUCCUACUCCUAGCAGUGUACAACCUAUAGCUGUUACUGAAAUUAAUUCUAAUGGUACUCCACCUGUUGUAAAUGAAUCAUUGUCUGAGGCACCUCCUUCUAAAUCUUCUGUGGAGGUACAUGCUCCUCUAAUUAAAGCUGCGCUUCCCAAAAAUGAUACUGUAUCUCCAACCUUAUUUGAAUCUUUAACACAUUCAGAUAUCAGUGCAUCUCCUAAUAAUACAAUUGAAUCUGCUACAACAAAUGAUAAUACACAAUUAAUUGGAAAAAGCUAUCCCCCAACUCAAAAUUCACAAAUUACACUUACUCCUAUUGCUCAACAAAAUAAAUUACCUUUAAGCACAGCUCAAAAUCAUAUAUUAUCAAAUUGUUCGAGCAAUUGCUCUACAAAUAUGAAUAUUACAAAGAGUACUACCCCACAAACGCCAUUAGAUGAAAAUACUAGACCUACACCUACAAUUAAUCCUGCAGGAAUUAUAAUAACAACCGUUCCAAUAGGUAUAUUCAUUUUAGGAAUUGUUCUACUUUUAAUUAUAAUAUAUAGAUGCACUCCUAUUGGAUCUUGGAUUCGUAAUCGAAAGUCAAGGAAAAAAAAAAUAAGAAAAAAGAUAAAAAAAAAUUCAAAGAAACCAAUACCAUUAUCUACAAAUAAUAUAGAGGAUGGACCAGUGAACCGUGGAAAUCACUCUUUGUUACAGCAUGAAAAACAAAUACCACCAUCUGAGGUUAGUUUUGAAAGUGAAAAAAAUUCGAAACAUGAGCAGAGGGAAAAAUCCAAAGAAUUUAAAGGAAUAUACAAUAAAAAAGAAAAUAAACGCAUUUGUAAUGUUACAGAAGGGUCAAAUAAGAAUGAAAAUGAACUUAUAAGUGAAGAAAAAUUAAAUAAAGGUAAUCCUAAAAGUGAAAUUGAAAAAAUUGAAUUGAAUGUAGAUGAAUCCAGAAAUGAAAUUAAAGGUGAAUUAAUUAAAUAUAUAUUAGAAGAAAAUCCUGUUCAUGCUGUAGGGUACAUUAAGAAUGAUAUAUUAAAUGAGGAAAUAGAAAAUGAAAUAAAUUUGCAAAAAGAAAAACCUACAUGUGAUAAUGAAAUGAAAAAUUUAGGAAAUAAAACGUCAAUCAAGAAUGAUGUAUGUAAUUGGAAUUCAUGGGUAGACAUACAUAUGACUGCAUUACUAGAGUGUAAAAAAGAGGAAUGGAAAUUGAAUAAAACCGAAUUUUUUAAUAUUUGUUUAGAAGAGAUUGAAAAAGAUGGAGAAAAUUCUAAUUUAAAAGAAAUGGGAAAUAAUUUUGUAAUUAAAAUAAAAGAAGAAAAUAAUACCGAUACAAUAGAUAAAAAUAGUAGUAUAUUAGAGAAAUAUAAAAAUGAAAAGUGGUUUAUUAAUUUGAAGAAAGAGUGGGAGGAAGAACAAGAAAAAUAUUUAGGAUAUUUAGAUGAACAAGAAAUUGAAAAAAUGACAGAAAUGGGAAUAAAUAAUUUUAUGCAAGAUAAAAAAAAAAAAAUAUGGAAGAAAUGGAUAGAAUGGCAAGUAGAGCAUUCAUACGAAUACAAAAAUCAGAAUUGGUUUAUAAAAUUGUUAGAAGAAUAUGAAAAAGAAGAAAUGCAUGAAAAUACAAACGAUGAAAAAAUAAAUAAAGAAACAAAUAAUGGAAGAGAUAAAAGUGAAAUAAAGAAAAAUUUGGAAAGGUGAAUUUUGUUAGAUAUUCAUAUGAUGGUAUUAGAGGAAUGUACGAAAGAAGAGUGGGAAAAAGAAGAAGAAUUUUUUAAAACAAACAUUGAAGAGAUAAAAAAAUAUAAAAAUUUGGACGAAGAAACAAAGAUAUUAGAUAAAAUAGAAAGAGGAAGAAGUUGGAAUAUUAUAUCAGAGAAAAAAAAAGAAGAAAUAGAAAAAUGGAAAAAAGAAAAAUGGUUUAUUCAGUUAAUGUUAGAAUGGAAAAAUAGAGAAGAAAAAUAUAUAAUGGAGAUAAAUGAAGAAAUUUUAUCAAAACAGAAUCAAGGAAGAGUAAUAGAUGUUGUCUUAGAAAGAAAAAGCAAUAUAUGGAAAAAACACUGCGAAAAUAUUUGUAAAAAGUGGAUAAAAGAUAACAACAAUGAAGAAUGGUUUACAAAGUUAGUUAAUGAAUAUGAAAAAGAAGAGAAAGAACAUAAAAGUAGAAUUGAUAAAAAUAGUAUAGAAAAGGAAAAGGAAAAUGAAAAAACCAUAGAAAGAGGUGAAUCAAUAAUAGAGAUUAAUAAAAUGAAGGAUGGAAAAAUGAGAAAAUAUGAAAGGAAUAAUUUAGAGGAAUCAUGUGAAAUGAAUAAUUCUAAAAUAAACAAAAAAAAAUUAAAAUGGGAGACUUUAAUAGGAAUAUAUAUGGUAAUAUUGGAAGAAUGUAGAAAAGAGGAAUGGUCAUUGAAUAGAGGAAAAUUUUUAGAAAACUGUUUAGAAGAAUUUAUAGAAGAAGAUAAAGAAAAAUAUCCAAAACUAAUAGAAAAUGAUUUAGCAAUGAUAAAAGAAGGGGAAGAAGACAUUAGUAUAUUGAUGAUUGAGAAACAAAAACAUUUAUGGAAUAAAUGGGUAAAAAGAAACAAAAGAAUGUCAGAGAAAUGGAAAAAAGAAGAAUGGUUUAUUAAUUUGAAAAAAGAAUGGGAAAAAGAACAAGAAAAAUAUGAUGAAUUAACAAAUGAAUCAGAAAUAGUAGAAAUAGAAGCAGGAAAAAAUCCUAUGCUAGAGAAACAAAAAAGAAUAUGGAAACAGUGGCUAAAAAAACAAAGAAAAUGGUUUAUACUACAUAGCGAGGAAGAUUGGUUUAACAAUUUAUUAGACGAAUACGAAAAAGAAGAAGAACGUGAAGAAGGAAUAACUAAAAUGGAUUCGAAAGAAGAGAAGAAAAUUCAUGAAAAUAUAGAGGAAUUGAAACAAGAAGCAGAUGAAGAAAUAGAGAAAAAUAGAAAAAAAAGGGAGAAAUUGAUACAGAACAUUUUGAUAGAAAUACAUAUGACGCUAUUAGAAGAAUGUGUGAAAGAAGAAUUGCAAAAAGAAAAAGAAUAUUUUUUUAAAAAAAUGGUGGAAGAAUUUAGAAUACAAGAAAAUUUAGAUGAGGAUCUUAACAUAUUGGAAAUAAAAAAAAAAAGUAGUAAUGUUUUAUUAAAUAAUGAUAAAGAGAAAAUAGAUGAAUGGAAAAAAAAAAAAUGGUUUAUAGAGUUAAUAUUGGAAAUGAAAAGAAAAGAAAAGGAAUACAUAAAGGAAGUAUAUGAAGAUAUGAUAGCAAAAAAGAAUGAGGACAAAAUUAGAAAUCCCAUGUUAGAAAGGCAAAAAAUUAUAUGGAAAAAACACUGUGAAGAUAUUCAUAAGAGGUGGAUAGAAAAAAAUAAUAAAGAAUGUUUUACAACAGUAAUUUAUUAUUAA